UUUAAGCCGACUGGGACGAGCUGGUGUCCGAACUUGAUAUCACUGACUCAGUCUUACCGAGGGACACCGCACCUACGUGAAACGUCUCUCCGCGGGGCACGUCACGACCGCAGGAAUUCCUAUUUGCGGACAACACAUGUGUGCGAAGAGCUAUGGAAGUCAAUUGGCAACUCAGAGCCGAUUAAACUCGGCCACCUAUUUAGAUCGAGCCCGCGGAACCUGCUGCGCCCUCGAGUUCUGUCCUCACGCAUCACUCACGGCAACUGCAGAUGCAGGACUCUCGUAGAACGCGAGAACUGUGCGAUGCGCACGAACUGCGGCUGCUUCCACUCCAACAGGAAGAUGUUUGCCCGCGUCCUGGGUCCGUACGCCUGUCGAGACGCUACACGAAAUGCUCCGUAAGCGUACUCCUUGUCUUGUGUGCCGUCGUACUGCUCAGCAAGGUGUACUCCCCCGAUGCACUCGAGCGUAUAUACGGGGACAUGAGGCUGUAUGCGCCCACGGAGCAUUCGAGGCUGCCAUCUCUCUUUGCCAAGUACAGCGAGAACGAACGGCGUGUCUCUAGGCAGGAUAUCCGCCGAUGGGACGAGCAAGGCCGACAGGAACACUAUCUCCGGAUACCCGCUCGGAAGCAGCGCUCGGGCUGGGGCCCCAUUCAUGCAGGAGCUUGUUCUUAGCUCCUACCUUGCCAGCCGUACCGAUCGGAUCCUCGCUGUGGACAAUUUCACCUGGCACGAGGAUGGGUGGAUGGACUAUGUCGACCAUGGCCACCCUGGUCACUACCGUAGGCCGGCUCAAAUACCGCUCUCAGCUGUCAUCCGAGCCGCGACACCAGCCACUAGCGACCCACAGAUGGUUCGAGCGAUCGGGCAAGACCUAUGGGAUGAUCUCUGUCCGCAUACCCGGCUGGUGCACGGAGCAGAAACGAACUCACUUCCUGGGAGGCACCCGCAGGCUUUGAUGUCGUUGACAGAGUCGGCGAACGCCGUGAACAGCUCCGGUGACCGGUGUAUGGAGCUGUCGGAACUUCCGGCUACAUCGGACGGCCCCGGGAGUAUGUUGCUUGACAUCUGGCCGACGUUGUCGAGCUCAGCCAUCUUGACGCACUUCGGCUGGUCACCUCUCGUCGAGCUCGUCUUCGACAUGAAUCGCGAAUUGAUCGCCCCAGUCCCCGAGCUCGAGCCCUACCUGUCGUCCCUGCCCUUCACCAAUAGCUCUGAUCGCUACCACCCUAUCCCGGGUCUGCUCGCCCUGCAUGUACCGCGUGGCAUAUACAAGGACUACUGCCGAAGCGUCGUCGCCGGAAGCCAGGCGUUCACAGGUUUCAAUGCUUUCCCCUCGUAUCCACACUCUGUUGACCCGACGGCACUCACGCGCCUGAACGACGCAGAGCGCGCGGCAGCAUAUCAUCGUCGAUGCUACCCGAUUAUCCAGGAGAUCGUCAAGCGCGUGGAAGGUAUCCGGAAGACGGAGGCGGGGAAGGAUCUGCACGUUGUCUACGUCAUGACGAACGCGCAAACUCCGUGGGCGCUCGAGCUCAAGACGGCGCUGCGGCGUAUGGGCGGGUGGGAGAGCGUCAGAAGUACGCGGGACCUCGUGCUGAAUCGCGAGCAGCGGUACGUGAAGCAGGCGGUGGAUAUGCUGGUGGCUCAGCGGGCGCAGGUCUUCGUUGGCAAUGGGUUCUCUACUACCAGUGGGUUGGUGGGUAUGCUCCGGAUGGCAAAUGGGUUUCCUGUCGAGUCAACGCGGCACUGGUAAGAUCUCCCGCGUAGCAUUAGUUGUCAUGUGAGAUGUGGUCAUGACAAUAAGUCUCACUCCCAGUCAAAGCAAGC